AUGGCCAAUAUCCUCAUCGUUGGCUGUGGCAUCGCCGGCUCGGCGCUAGCAAGCUUUCUCCUGCUGGAUGCCAACGACGCGCAGAAAAGGAAGAUGAGAAUCACCAUCCUAGAGCGAGCCUCCGAGCUUCGGCCAUAUGGCCAGAAUAUCGAUGUGCGUGGCUACGGUGUUGAUAUGCUUCGCAAACUCGGAAUUGAAGAUGCAGUACGCGCCUCCACCACUGACGAGGAAGGCGUGCAGCUGGUGGACGCAUACCAUCGCAUUUGGGCGUCCAUCGGCACAGACAAGACGGGGAAAACCCAGACACCCACAAGCGACAUUGAGAUUUUGCGCGGUCGAUUGGCUCAGCUGUGCUGGAAACGAAGCAUGCAGUUGAGCGAUGACUGCAAGGCUAGCGGUGGACACGGCAUCCACUACAUCUUUGGAGAUUGCCUUUCCGAUAUAGAGCAAGCCGGUGACAAGGUGCAUGUUACGUUUGAAAGGAGCGGGCAGAAGCAGGCAUAUGAUAUCGUUGUUGGCGCAGAUGGCUCCAAGAGCCAGACGAGAGCGCUGGCCUGGGGCGCUAAACACGAGGGCAAAGCGGUGCACAGCCUUGGUGUAUACGGUGCGUUCUUUAGCAUACCACGAGAAGACCACGACACGAAAUGGCGCAAAUGGUUGCAUACGACUGGUGGACGAGCUAUCAUGCUCCGACCAGAUGACAGCGGCGUACGCUCCACCAUCUUCAUGACGGUCAUGAAUAACAAGGAUGCGAGGCUACGCGCGGCAGGAGAAGAGCACAAUAGCAUAGAAGAAAAGAAGGCACUGAUGCGGGAAUAUUUCACGGGCACAGGCUGGGAGACGGCUCGAAUCUUGCGGGGAAUGGUGGCAGCGCACGACUUUUACUUUGACGCUCUGGUACAGAUCAAGAUGAACCGGUGGAGCAAAGGGAGAGUGGUGCUUGUUGGUGACGCCGGGUAUUGCGCGUCUCCCAUGUCGGGCAUGGGGACCACGCUUGCUUUCACGGGCGCGUGUAGCCUCGCUGCAGCUAUUCUCAGGUAUACAGACUUGCCUGAGCAGGCUUUUGCAGAGUAUGAAACGAAAAUGCGACCAAUUGUGACAAAGUCGCAGAAACUCGCCCCGGGCAUGCCGCGUAUGAUGCACCCACAGGCACUUUGGGAGCUUGUGCUGCUCCAUGGACUGAUGUUCGUCUUGAAUAGUUUGGGGGUAUUCAAGAUCCUGGGCAUGUUGUUUGGCCCGCCGGCAGAUCAGGUGUCUCUUGAGGAUGCUUUAUCUGUGCGGUAA